CCUCCUCUCCGGAACCGGCUGCGAACGUAGUCGGCUUUCCCGACCGGCGAUCGAAACCAUGCUCAAUCCCGGCUUCGGCGCGAGGUCAUUUACCUAAUUUCAUCCGCACCCACCCCCGUUUUAUUCCAGGAUCGGAGAUUCCCCGCCGUCAUUUCGCCCCGCCGAUUCGUCCUCUCCCUACUCCUCAUCGCAGUUCCAACUCUCGCUAGGUUCCCGCAAGGAAACAACCUUCUCCCAUCGGACUGCAGCAACCCAGUUUCCUGACGCUGUUUCCUCGCUUUCUCUUAAUCGAUGCACGCAUCCGAUAAAUUUCUUGAGUUCGUAGAGGCUCUUCUCAAGUCCCCCAAGCGCUGACUGGAGUUAUCGGUGCCUUUAGAUUGCAGUAAUUUCCCGCUUCAUUAUUGUAGAAGAAAAAGAUUGGAUCAGUUAAUGCGCUAAUUGUGCCUCCUCCCUUUAAGCAUCUUGUGCUUUGUAAAGUUUCUGCCUGUCACCAGCCAAACCUUCCUGUCAUGGGUCCUACGAUCAUGAAGCUUCUUGACGAGGAUGAGGAUGAGAGCAUGCACUCCGGUGCUGAUGUUGAGGCCUUGUUGGCAGCAUUGAACUGUGAUAUUGGCGAUGAUCCGGCUGUGGUUGCUCCACCCUUGGAUCCUGAUGCAACUGUGUCUUCAUCAGGUGUGUUGAUGCAAUCAAGUAGUUCAGAAUCUGAACAAGUAAUUAGACAGUGGAAAACACCCAGUGAAGUAGGAGAUGACCAGAUUGGACAAAACGAACAAAACCAACCUUUACAAUCAUCGGAGCAGCAUUCGUCUGGGGGAGAAUUGGUUCAGAGAAGUUCUAUUCAACCUCGAGUGGAGCAGCUCAAUCAUCUGUCGAAACAAGAUCAGAUGACUUUUCAGCAAGAGAUCACGCAUUCAAAUAACUGUCAGCAACAGUCAGAAGCUAAUUCGGUUAAACCUGUGGACAAGGGACCUGAGCAAAGUAAUAUACCAGUCUUGGAUACAAUUGCAGACACAAUGUUGGAUGUUGCCCAUCUUUCUGAGAAGCAGCAGCAGCAGCACAUUGUCCAGCAGUCAAACAGUCAACAAACCCCUAACAUAGCAAAUGCAGCUGCUCAGCCUUCUGAGAGGCAACAACACAUAAUGCAGCAGUCAAAUAGCCGACAAACACUCACUUCUAGUCAAUCAAACAUGGCAUUAAGAACUACUAAAACUGCUUCGUCCAUACCUUUCCACAUGCUGAUUCAAAUUUUAGAACCUCACCUUGACAAUGACAGAUCCAUGCAGUUGCAUUCGAUUUUUAACAAACUCAGGAAUAAUGAAGUCAGCAAAGAGGACUUUUUGAGAGUGAUAAGGAAUAUAGUUAGUGAUCAGACGCUUAGACAGGCUGCUCAAAAGGCACAAAUGCAGCAGCUUCAGGCGCAGGCUUCUCAGAACACACCGUCAAAUACAAAUCUAUUUUCAUUACCAGCUCAAGCUUCUUCUCAGCAAGUUUCUCGUGGUGGUACACAGCAGAUAUAUGGAGCUCAAUCAUUUCCAGCACUCCACUCCUUACCAUCUCAGAAUGUUAUAGUCCCUGCAUCUUCUCCCGGUCAACCUCAUGUUCCUGCUUUGCACCCUAGCACAGGUCCUCGAGAAGUUGGGAUUGGAUCAAAUGGGAAGGGCCCCCAUCUUGUGCAAAAUUAUUCUAACAGUAUGAAUAUGUCCAGUUCUGAAAGGGAUGGAUUGAUGGGUUCAACACAAUCAAUUAACUGGCAACAGAAGUUGCAAUCAUCUAUUUCAGUGUCCGGUAGCACUGAUAGUUAUAAUACCCAUGCCUAUCCUAGGCCAUCUAUGAACUCCUCAACUUCUUUCAGAGCCAAUCUAGAGUCACAUCCAAGACCAGUUUCACAUACUCAGGGACUUGUUUCAACGCUAAUAAGACCAACUCAGCCCAUGAAUACAAUGAGAAUGUCUGCAUAUCAACAAAGUUCUAAUAGUGAAGCCAAGAGACCGCAAACUGAUUCCUUGGCAAACCAUUCAACCUCCCUACCUAACCAAAUUGCUUGGCAGAUGUCAGCAAAAAGUAGUGGAUUACAGUCAACUUCUUAUGUCAAUCAUGAGGUGGUUGAUCAAUCAUCUGAACCUUCUAAGGUUCAGUUUUCAUCUUCAGAGACCACUUCAUUUGGUACAUCACAUUUUAACCAAGGGAAUUCAGCAUUUGGUUCAAGUAUGGUGAGAACAAAUCAGGUUUCAGGCUCAGUACCUAGCCAAGCAGAUCAGAAUACACAGCAGGUGACUUCUGCAAGUGUACCCCCGACUGGAUCAACGACAAAAUCUCCAUUAAAGAAACCAUCUGCUGGGCAGAAGAAACCUUUGGAUGCACUAGGCUCAUCUCCGCCGAUGUCCAGCAAGAAGCAGAAAACUGCUGGCACUUCUCUUGAUCAAAGCAUUGAGCAGCUAAAUGAUGUCACUGUUGUUAGUGGAGUUAAUUUAAGGGAAGAGGAGGAGCAGCUGUUAUCGGGCCCAAAAGAAGACAGCCGAGCUUCAGAAGCAACUCGAAGGGUUGUACAAGAAGAAGAAGACAGGUUAAUAUUGCAGAAGGCCCCCCUUCAAAAAAAGAUAUCAGAUAUCAUGUUGAAAUGUGGUUUGAAGAUUAUUGGUGGUGACGUAGAGCGUUGUCUAUCAAUGUGCGUCGAGGAGCAUUUGAAGGGGUUGAUAUCUUAUCUGAUAAGACUGUCAAAACAGAGAGUCGAUAUUGAAAAGUCUAGGCAUCGAUUUGUCAUCACAUCAGAUGUUCGAGGCCAGAUUUUUUCAAUGAAUCAGAAAGCUAAGGAAGAGUACGAAACAAAGCAGGUUGAAGGGACUGAAAAACAUAGGAAAGUAACUGAUCUGGACGGAAACACAGAAGUUGAUGCAGAAAAGGACAAAGAGGAUGGUCGUUCUGAAGCCGUUAAGGCUAACAAAGAAGAAGAUGAUAAACUAAGAACAACAGCUGCUAAUGUGGCAGCUCGAGCCGCUGUUGGCGGAGAUGAUAUGCUUUCAAAGUGGCAACUCAUGGCUGAGCGAGCUCGUCAAAAACGUGAAGGUUUUGAUGGGGCGCCUGCUUCCCAGCUAGGUAAAAGUUCAAGCAGUAAAUCUUCACUGAACUUGGGAAUAGGUUCGAGAGAAAUACACGAAUCUGAAAAGAAAGACUCUUCCAUGCCAACAUCUGGUGGUGUGAGGAGACUUGGGAGGAAUGGCGCCCUGGCACAUCCAAAAAUUGCACGCAAAAUCUCUGUUAAAGAUGUGAUUGCAGCCCUUGAGAAGGAACCACAGAUGUCCAAAUCAUCUUUGAUUUAUCGCCUGUAUGAGAAAUCAUCCGGCGAUUCUCCAGCAGCUUAGGCUAGGGUGAAGUUUAUGUUUGAUGAAUUUUCAUGUAUAUUCUUUGUGAGUUUCAGAUGUUUCUACAAGUAAUUGUAGUUGUUUCGGCUAUCAAACUCUCCCUCGAAGAGCUAUUCUGCACUCAAAAUUUUAGCUAAAUGUUGUGUUACUGACUAAACUCUAAUCGAAUUUUGUUGUAUAGGCUCA